AAAACUCAGUGUGGUUGAGGUUAAAUACGAAAUCAGGGAGGUCACAGAGGGCCAUAGACAAGAGCCUGAGGGGAAUGUGGGGCAAUGUGGUAAAAGAACAGAGAAAAGAAAAUCUGCAGGGAAAAGACGGGGACCUCCCCACUCCCCUAAGUCCCGCCUCGCCCUCACAUACGCUGUCGAAGUCCAGGUCGGAGAGGUGGCAGUGACAACCCACCAGCCCCACGCUCGCCGCCCCCAUGGCCGCUGCAGCAGCUGCCGUCCUACCCCCACCCCCAAGUCUACGGAGCAGGACCCGGAACUCUUCUGUGGCAAUGCCCGCCGUUUCCGACCGGAAGUGUGCUGUUGCACCAGCGAGAACACUCCCUUCCGCUCCCAGAGUCCCCGCCCCCAGUUCAAAUGGGAAAAAAUGGCGGGGUCUUCUGAGCCAGUCGUCAUCGCCCCUCUGCUGGACGAAGCGUUAGCAACAGCGACAGCCAGCCAGGCCUCUGUGCCCACCACUCCCCGAGAGGACUUCCGAGUGCGCUGUACCUCGAAGCGGGCCGUGACGGAAAUUCUAGAACUGUGCGGCCGCUUCGUGCAAAACCUCGGAGACGCGUUGCCAGAUUUCUUGUGUGGAAAAUUUGAAAUGCAGAGGAGAAACCAUAGCUAAGGAGAUCAGUGAAGCCAUGAAGACUUUGCCUGUGUUGAUUGAACAAGCUGAUGGAUUUUCCCAAGUUUUAAAGAUGCAGCCUGUUAUCCAGCUCCAGAGGAUCCACCAAGAAGUCUUUUCUGGUUGUGAUGGGAAACUAGAUGCUCAGCCUGAGAGUAGCUCUGUGACACAGAUGGAAGCCACACCUACAGAGACUGCUGCCCGGCCGGCCUCUGACCUGGUGCUGAGAAGAAGGCGGAUUACAGACUGUGCCUUGAGAAAGAGGUACCCACUGCGGCCCAAGAGGAUUAACCUGGACACAUAGGCCUCUUCACUCAUUCUGGAAGUUGAAAAUAGGGUCUGUCAGCAUUUAGAUUCCAGCCAAAUGCCUAGACAGGGCUUCAUCUAAAUAACUCUGAUAAAAAUACAGUACUCUAUGCGAGGAUAGCUUGUAAUAUAUUUUCUUCAUCAUUUGAUCUGUAGUAGAUGAGUAGUAUUUUUUUAAUUAAAAAAAUUUUUUUUUGGUACUGAGGAUUGAACUCAGGACCUUUCCCUUGGAAGGAAGGCACUGGAACCACUGAGCUAAAUCCCCGGCCCCAAAUUUUUUUUUUUUAAUAUCAGCACAGAGCCCAUCAGUGGACAUUGAAUAAAAAUUUUCACUGUCCUUAAAUGCCAUCAGCUCUUGGCUGCCUUGCAGCUUUUGUGAAAUUCCAUGAGAAUCAUACUCUGCUGGGCUUCCCGGGUAGACGUCUUUCUUUAAAAAGGGGAGGGCUGCAUAAUAGUUAUUUAUGUGCUGGAAACUGAUCAUCACUUCUACACAACAUCAGGCACAUUGUUUUUAGAUGCACCUACUUUGUUUGUGGUGCUGUUUUGAACCCAUGGCCUUGGGCACGCCAAGCAUAACCUCUAUCACUGACCUACACAGGCCACAGGCCCCAGCCCUGGGUGCAGUUUAUCACAUUAAUGUCCAGGUGCUGAGGCUGGCUUUGACAUCGUUAUUCUAAAUUCAGCCAAUUUGCAUAUGUGUGAUUAAUUUUAAUGGAGUUGUGUGGGGUUUUUUUGUAUUUUUUUUUUUUGGUAAGGCAGCUAUUGUUUGUACAAGACUUUCUUUUAAGAAUUACUCUUAAUCGUAGAUGUGUAGCCAGUGUUUCUUGCCCACACUUUUUUUUCAUGGACCUUUUACCACAAGUUAACAUGGAGCUAGCAAUUUCUUUUUAGGAUUCUUCAUUUCUUUCUAGAUAGAUCCUUCCAAUUGAAAGUAUUUAUCAGAGUAAUACAUAGCAGAUUGUCAUUUUGCAACAAAUGCAAUCGUACUGAACUUUCACAUUUAAGGAUGUCUGUAUGUCAAAUGUCUAAUCAUUGAUAGAGGCCUGAAAAAUCUGUAUUACCCACACUUCAGACCUUUAGCUGCAGUCUCUGAUAGGUCUUACUGUGUCUCUUACACUGAACAAUGUAGGCGAGACUCCUGGUUUACCAGCUGUGUCGUCUUUGAUGCCUGUAAUACCUGCAUCCAUUUUCAGAGGAAUUUGCUAAUCAUGGCUUAGAAAACGUGUUCUCCUCUGGCUCAUUAUGUGUCAGAGUCGUAUGCAUCUGUAUUUGUCUACUCAGUCUCACUGAAGAAAACUUACCAAGCUACUUAAUUACAUUCUUGCAUUUUAUGUUUAAAUGUUACAUUUCAGAUCUGUAUAUUUGUAUAUAGCACUGUCCUUUUUUUGUAUUAAACUAAUGUACAGAGAUUAAGAUCUU